AAAUGCAGGAACAGUUGAACCUCUAGGGUAAAGGAUCUGUAGCAGCAUGUCUGCCUACUACAGGAACAGCGGAUAUGAAGAAGAUCCAGAUUACCCGGACUACUCAAGGUCUCAGAGCUACACACAGGGGCAUUUGAAAACUCAGGGUUAUCCAGAUUCUCUAGGUCCUCUGAACAACUCCGAUGACUCCAGAACCAGGAGGAACCUAUACUCUUCAGACUCCAGAACAAAUCCAGACUACCCCCGGUCUCUUGCAGAACCAGAUUACCCUGGAUCUUUGAGUAAUCCAGAUUAUCCUGGCACCAGAAACAGUCUGUACUCUGCAGGCUCCAGAAGAAAUCCAGACUAUCCCCGGUCUCUUGCAGAACCUGAUUAUCCUGGGCCUCGAAGUAAUUCAGACUACCCUGCCACCAGGAGCAAUCCAUACUCUUCAGGCUCCAGAAGAAGUUCAGGCUAUCCCACGUCUCUGGCAGAGCCAGAUUAUCCUGGAUCUCAGAAUUAUAUCGGAUCUUGGAGCAAUCCAUACCAUCCAGGCUCAUUCAAAGAGCCAGACUACCCUGAAUCUCAACGAAACUCUGACUUUGCAGGUUCCAGAAGCAGUAGAAACUAUGUGGCCUCCAGAACAAAUCCUGAUUACCUUGGCUCCUUGGGAGAACCAGACUACCCUGGAGCUCAGGGAAACGCUAACCAUCCUAGCCCCAGAGUCAAUUCCAACUAUCCAGGCUCUAGAAGGAAUCGAGAAUAUGCUGGCUCUAGAAUCAAACCAUACAUCGACACCUUUGGAGAACCUGAUUAUCCAGGUGCUGAGAAUCAACUUUACUCUCCAAACUUUUUAGGGAAACCAGACUAUCUUGGUGCUGAAGACUAUCAGAACUCUCCAAAUUUUGGGGGGGAGCCUGAUUACCCAAAUGCUGAGGAUGGUCGUGAUUAUGGUUCUUCUGAGACGCCGGGAAUGACCAGGGGGGUGCUCGGCAGAACAUCUUCAAUCCAGCCCUCAUUUCGUCAUGGGGGUGUCAGUCCCUUGGGCUUGCCUGCAAGGGCGAAUGAAGAUUACCCUGAAAACAUUGAAAUGAAAUCCAUGGAGAUGGCAAGUCCAUAUGGCCACCCUCGCGAUGGCUAUGUGAACCCUGCUUAUGUGGGUGAAAGUAGCCCUGGCCCAGCUUUUGGAAACUCACCAUCUGGAAGUGAUUGGCACAAGUCACCCCAAGAACAAAAGUUAAUUGCAUCUCUGAUACCUAUGACAUCUAGAGAGAGAAUUAAAGCCAUCAGGAAUCAGCCAAGGACCAUGGAAGAGAAAAGGAACCUUAAGAAAAUGGUUGACAAAGAGAAAAGUAAGCAGCCUCGUCGUAUCUUUGAGUUCAACUGCUGCACUCAGUGCUUGAACUCCAUUUCACUGGAGUACCGGAGGUCCAAGAACAUGCUGUCGGAGGUGCUCAGCUCCGUCAGCCUGUGGCAGAAGAGGCUCAAGGUCAUCGGAGGCAAGUUCGGCACCAGCGUCCUGUCUUACUUCAACUUCCUGAGGUGGCUUUUGAAGUUCAACAUUUUCUCGUUCAUCGUGACCUUCAGCUUCAUCAUAAUCCCUCAGUUUACCAUGGCCGCAGCCAACACGCUGCAGUUCACCGGGCUGGAAUUUUUCACUGGGGCGGGUUAUUUUAGUGACACAGUGAUGUACUAUGGCUUUUACACCAAUUCUACGAUCCAAAAUGGGAGCGGUGGGGCUUCCUACAACAUGCAGCUGGCCUACAUCUUCACCAUCGCGGCCUGUUUGAUCACCUGCUUUUUCAGUUUGCUGUUCAGUAUGGCCAGGUAUUUCCGGAACAACUUCAUUAACCCCCACAUUUACUCCAGAGGGAUCACUAAACUUAUUUUUUGCUGGGACUUCACCAUCACUCACGAAAAAGCUGUGAAGCUGAAACAGAAGAAUCUUAGCACUGAGAUAAGGGAGAACCUGUCAGAAAUCCGUCAGGAGAAUAUCAAGUUAACGCUCAAUCAGCAGCUGACCCGCUUGUCUGUCCACCUGGCAGCCUGGGUUGUGUCUACCGGAGUGGCCGUCGCCUGCUGUGUAGCCGUUUAUUACCUGGCUGAGAACAACUCCGAGUUCCUGCAGAGCCACAAGGACCCCGGGGCCGUGCUGCUGCUGCCCUUCGCCGUGUCCUGCGUCAACCUGGCCGUGCCUCGCCUCUACUCGGGGUUCAGGCUGGUGGAGCGCUACGAGACGCCGCGGCAGGAAGUCUACGUCCUCUUGAUCCGAAACUUCUUUCUGAAAAUAUCAAUCAUUGGAAUUCUUUGUUACUAUUGGCUCAACAUCGUGGCCCUGGCUGGUGAAAAGUGUUGGGAAACCCUCAUUGGCCAGGAAAUCUAUCGGCUCCUCCUGAUGGACUUUGUGUUCUCUUUAGCUGAUUCCUUCCUGGGGGAGUUCCUGAGGAGAAUCAUUGGGAUGCAGUUUAUGACAAGUCUUGGCUUACAGGAGUUUGACAUUGCCAGGAACGUCCUAGAACUGAUCUACGCACAAACGCUGGUGUGGAUUGGAACCUUCUUCUGCCCUCUGCUGCCCUUUAUCCAAAUGAUUACUCUUUUCAUCAUGUUUUAUGUGAAAAAUGUGAGUCAGUCUGAAGCUGGAGCCAGUCAGCUUGUCUCAGCCCCAUGUGACCCAGUGGUGGUUGGAACUGAGGGGUGUGUGUGGGGGGUGGCUGGAAGGGUGUUAGAGCCAGUGUCCUGCCAGGGGCCCCCUGGCCUGCUCGCAGCUCAUAGGUGGCCGCUUCUCUCUCCUCAGUUCAGCCUGAUGAUGAACUUCCAGCCCCCGAGCAAAGCCUGGCGGGCCUCGCAGAUGAUGACCUUCUUCAUCUUCUUGCUCUUUUUCCCGUCUUUCACGGGAGUCCUGUGCGCCCUGGCCGUCACCAUCUGGAGAUUGAAACCGUCAGCUGACUGUGGCCCGUUUCGAGGACUGCCCAUCUUCAUUCACUCCAUUUAUAGCUGGAUUGACACCCUUAGUAAAAGCCCCAGCUACCUGUGGGUGGUUUGGAUCUACCAGAACCUCAUCGGGAGUGUGCACUUCUUUUUCACCCUCACCCUUAUUGUGUUAAUCAUCACCUAUCUUUACUGGCAGAUCACAGAGGGAAGGAAGAUUAUGAUCAGGUUGCUCCACGAACAGAUCAUCAAUGAGGGCAAGGAUAAAGUGUUCCUGAUAGAAAAGUUGGCUAAGCUGCAGGAGACAGAGAAGAGAGCAAACCCCAGCUCAGUCACACCGGGGAGGAGAGACUUGGAGGAGCCAGGCCCUUUGCACGCCAGGGAACAUGACGCUGCUCAUGACCUGCGAUUCAGGCGAUCAGUUCAAGGAAAUAAUCCAAAGGCCUGA